ACGUGCAAGCAAAGGCUGCCUAUUUUUGUGCCCCUACCUGUUUGACAUAUCCGUUAUCAUCCGACGACCCACGGGGGCUUCUUCUUUUUAUACCAUCAUCACACCCACUCUCUCUCUCUAACUCGCCCACAUCUCUGUAAAAUCUCUCCCGCUUGGGGAGUCUCUUGGCUCUCUCUCACUCCAGCCUGCACAAGCGUUGAACUUUGUGACAAAGCAAUGGGCUCUUACCGUGUCCUGCUUUGCUGCUUCUUUCUGUUGUGUGCUUAUCAAUGUUAUGCGAUUGAGGUCGAUACAAACCAGACGGCAAAGCUUUAUGUGGAUGCUUCUGAAGCAAAGGGCCGGAAGAUACCUGAAACUCUGUUUGGUUUAUUCUUUGAGGAGAUCAACCAUGCUGGGGCUGGUGGGUUGUGGGCAGAGCUUGUGAGUAACAGAGGUUUUGAAGCUGGGGGCCAAACUACUCCCUCAAAUAUCGCUCCUUGGUCUAUAAUUGGGAACGAGGCAUCUCUACUUGUAUCAACAGACCGCUCAUCAUGCUUUGAACGAAAUAAAAUUGCCCUUCGCAUGGAGGUGCUUUGUGACAGCAAAGGCACCAAUAUUUGUCCAGCUGGAGGAGUUGGUAUUUAUAACCCUGGAUUCUGGGGCAUGAAUAUUCAACAAGGGAAGACCUAUAAGGUGGUUCUGUAUGUUCGUUCACUGGAUCCAAUUAAUAUCUCUGUCUCAUUGACCAGUUCAAGUGGAUUACAAAAUCUGGCUACCGCUGACAUUGUAGCUGAUGAUGUUUCAGAUUGGACAAAGGUGGAGGUUCUACUUGAAGCAAAAGAAACUAGUCAUAAUUCAAGACUGCAAUUGACAACAGCGAGGAAAGGAGUCAUAUGGUUUGAUCAAGUGUCAAUGAUGCCCUUGGACACAUUCAAGGGACAUGGCUUCCAAAAUGAGCUUUCUAAAAUGAUUGCAGAACUGAAACCUGGAUUUAUUAGAUUUCCAGGUGGCUGUUUUGUCGAAGGUGAAUGGUUAAGAAAUGCAUUUCGUUGGAAAGAAAGUAUUGGACCCUGGGAGGAACGGCCUGGACACUUCGGUGAUGUUUGGAGUUAUUGGACUGAUGAUGGACUUGGUUAUUUUGAGUUUCUUCAGCUGGCAGAGGACCUAGGUGCAUCGCCUGUAUGGGUAUUCAAUAAUGGAAUGAGCCAUAAUGAUCAUGUUGAUCCUUCUAACAUAUUCUAUUUUAUUCAAGAAGCCCUUGAUGGAAUUGAGUUUGCUAGAGGUGAUCCUGAUUCGAAAUGGGGCUCUGUUCGAGCUGCAAUGGGACACCCAGAUCCUUUUGAUUUGAGAUAUGUUUCUAUUGGGAAUGAGGAUUGUUGGUUUAAGACUUACCGCGAAAAUUUCCUAAAGUUCUAUUAUGCUAUAAGACGUGCAUAUCCAGACAUCAAAAUAAUCUCUAACUGUGACGGCUCUUCUCAACCGUUGGAUCACCCGACUGAUUUGUAUGAUUUUCAUGUUUACAGCAAUGCAAACUACCUGUUCUCAUUGGCUCAUAAAUUUGAUCGUGUAUCACGCAAUGGUCCAAAGGCUUUUGUAAGUGAGUAUGCUGUGACUGGAAAAGAUGCCGGCACAGGAAGUCUUUUGGCGGCAUUGGCUGAAGGUGGAUUCCUUAUUGGGCUAGAGAGGAACAGUGAUGUUGUUGAAAUGGCAAGCUAUGCACCCUUGUUCGUGAAUUCCAAUGACAGGAAGUGGAACCCAGAUGCGAUUGUUUUUAACUCUUCGCAUCAGUAUGGAACUCCUAGUUACUGGAUGCAACGCUUCUUCUCAGAGUCAAAUGGUGCAACACUUCUUAAUUCAACACUCGAAGCCAACUCAUCGACUUCGCUUAUUGCUUCUGCUAUUACUUGGCAAAACUUGGAGGAGAAAAAGAAUUAUUUAAGAAUAAAGGUUGUGAACUUUGGGAGCAGCACUGUGAAACUAAAGAUUUCUAUUGACGGACUGAAGCUAAACUCGAUACAAUCAAUUGGGUCAACAAAGACUGUGCUCACAUCUGAUAACUUGAUGGAUGAGAAUUCAUUCAAAGAGCCAAAGAAGGUGGCGCCUGUACAAACCCUACUUGAGAAUCCAGACGAGGAGAUGGAUGUCACACUCUCUCCGCAUUCUUUCACUUCCUUGGAUUUGUUCACACGGUUGGACAAUAUUAUUCGGAUGGCAGGGCCUGAUUAUAUCCAUAAAUCUUCAAUUAGAAGGAUGUGAAUAACAUAAGACACUAAUUGUAAUAAUUGGAGUUGCCCCAAACUGCUUGGCAUCUUAGCUUACCAUGCUGUUAAGCUUAUCCAAUAUCAUUCUCCAAACUCAUAUUUCUCCUUA